UGUAGAUCGGUUGGUGUUGGUUGCUUGUGGUCGCUUGGUGCCGUGUGUUGCGUUUGUGAAGCGGGUACACAAUUUUGAUUCGUCAUGCCGCUUGAAAACCUACAAGAAGAAAGCUUGGAAAAGAAUCCAAAUCUUGAGCUUUCCCAGAUAAAAUUUCUACUUGCGCAUCAUGAACCUACGAAUGACAAGCUUAAACAGGAUCUCAUGACUGCUAUUACAGAGAACAACAUGGCACCGUUUUAUGAAGAAAUCUGUCGCGAUCUGGGCUGGCAGGUCGACAACAAGCUGUUGACAGACAUGAAGGCUGCCAAUUCAUCUGAAUUACAGAAGUUGGACUCCGCCAUUGAAGACGCUGAGAAGAACCUCAGCGAAAUGGAAGUCAGAGAGGCACAUCUGUUGAAGGCUGAGUACUUGAGCCGAAUAGGCGAUAAGGAGGCAGCCUUAAGCCAAUUCAGGAAGACGUAUGAGAAAACCGUUUCCCUUGGACAUCGUCUUGACUUGCUGUUUCACAUUAUCCGAAUUGGCCUCUUCUACCUGGAUCAUGACCUCAUUACAAGAAACAUUGAAAGAGCAAAAGAGCUGAUUGAAGAAGGUGGGGAUUGGGACCGGCGUAACCGACUCAAGGUGUACCAGGGCGUGUACAGUCUGGCGGUGCGGGAUUUCAAAGCUGCCGCUCAGUUCUUCCUGGACACUGUCUCCACCUUCACUUGCUACGAGCUCAUGGACUACCAGAGCUUUGUCACGUAUGCUGUGCUUGCAAGCGUCAUCUCACUGCCGAGGGUGGAACUGAGAGAGAAGGUUGUGAAAGGCUCGGAGAUCCUGGAAGUCCUCCAUGGAACGCCCGACAUAAGUGAAUACUUAUUUUCUCUGUACAAGUGCCAGUAUGCACUGUUUUUCAGGAAGCUCGCGUACGUGGAACAGGUGCUGAAACGGGAUCGCAUUUGUGCGCCGCACUACCGCUACUACGUCCGAGAAAUGCGCAUCCUAGCUUACACUCAACUGCUGGAGUCCUACCGCAGCCUCACGUUGCAAUACAUGGCUGACGCUUUUGGAGUCACUGUGACGUUCAUCGACCAGGAGCUAGCCAGGUUUAUAGCUGCUGGACGUCUUCACUGCAAAAUUGACAAAGUAGGGGGCGUGGUAGAGACCAACCGUCCGGACAGCAAGAACUACCAGUAUCAGGGAUGCAUCAAGCAGGGAGAUAUAUUGUUAAACAGGAUACAGAAGCUCAGUCGUGUCAUCAACAUUUGAGGAUGUUGUACAUUCAGACAUCACCAUGAGAAAGUUCAGCGUGUGAAGUUGCCUUCCUACUUUUCUCAAGUUCAACUAAAUGAGUUCUACAUGCUA